CUCUCUCUCUCUCUCCUCUCUCUAUAAAUAUAUAUGUAUGUAUAUACCCAUUCCACAAGAUUCAUUCUGAAAGGAGGAUUUACACCCAAGAACAAGACGAUCACAAGCAGUAAACAUGAACAGAGCCAUGACCUCUUCUUCAGCUGAUGAUAAUAAAACAUGUGGUGUUUGCUCGAGGAGUGUGGCAACAGGGCAAGGCCAAGCCAUAUUCACAGCAGAGUGCUCCCAUACCUUCCACUUCACCUGCAUUGUCCGGCGUGGCAGUCGCCUUUGCCCCGUCUGCAAUGCCCAAUGGAAUCAUCUUCCUUUCACUGUCCCAACCCCCAGCACAAACAUUGAUCCCAGUAAUGCAUUUUGCGGCCUGUCUAAUUACAUCCCUUUUUCGUUCUCUAUGUUUUCUACACCGGUACCCCAGUUUCCUCCUGUUUUCAGUCGAGUCUCCCAGCCACAAUUCCCUUCAGAGCCCCUUUUUCAAUUUUCUGACGAUGAGCCCCUGAUUGCUGUCACUGCUGAUCCCACUUCGUUGACGUCUCCUGUUGGCCUGCAGAAGGUUACUAUCAAGGCCGUCCCAGAGCGUCCAGCCGUUGCUGCUUCAGAAUCUGUAUCUCUGUUUACAGUUCUUGUUGGACUAAAGGCACCAUCGCUGUCAAAUGAUGCAGGUUUUGCUCAGCGUGCGCCUAUUGACCUUGUUACAGUGCUUGAUGUCAGUGGGAGCAUGGUUGGAUCAAAGUUGGAUCUUGUCAAGCGUGCUGUUAACUUUGUUAUUGAUAACUUGGGCCCAUCCGAUCGACUCUCGGUAGUGUCUUUUGCUACUCAAGCUAGGAGAAUGUCGCCUUUAUGUAGAAUGACGGAGAAUGGACGUGAAGAUGCUAAGCGGGCUGUUAAUGCACUUGUGGCAAGUGGUGGGACGAAUAUCGUUGAAGGCCUGAAGAAGGGCGUUCGAGUUCUUGAAGAAAGGCGGCACAAGAAUCCAGUCACAAGCAUCAUAUUCUUGUCCGAUGGGAACGACACUUGCAACCAUAGCUCAGUUUUCCCAAGCUUCUCAAGUUCAAGUUCAGGACAGGCUCCAGAGUACCUACAUCUAUUGCCUGCUUCCAUUUGUCCUGCAAAUAGAGGAACAGACGACGUGCGACAGCUAGAAACGUUUCCAGUCCAUUCGUUUGGUUUUGGUUCAGACCACGACCCCAUCGCAAUGCAUUCCAUUUCUGAUGCAUCGGGUGGAACUUUCUCCUUCAUUGAGUCCUAUGAAAUGGUGCAAGAUGCGUUUGCUGGCUGCAUUGGCGGUCUCCUGAGUGUGGUAACUCAGGAUGUUCGUCUAAUGGUGAGAUCAGCCUCUCAUGGGGUCGAAAUUCAGUCGAUUCCUUCAGGAAGAUAUGCAAGUGAAAUUUCAAACCAAGGAUCACAGGGCGUAGUCAAAGUUGGGGAACUGUAUGCGGACGAGGAAAAGGAGUUUCUGAUCAACUUAUCCAUCCCUGCUGUCCCGAUGGAUGAAUGUGAGGAAAACGAGAGAAAGACGACACUUUUGGACAUAACAUGUUCCUACAAAGACGUAGUGUCUAAAGAGAUAGCGCAAGUAGAAGGCGACUUAGUUGAGAUACGGCGCCCCAAAUCGCUGUCCCCUUCAGACAUGAUGGUAAACUUGGACGUUGAUCGGCAAAAGAAUCGCCUCCGUGCAGCAGAGAGCAUCGCAGAGGCUCAACAGAUGGCGGAAACAGGAAAUCUAAUAGGUGCACGUGAUCUGCUGGCAAGGAGGAGAACUGAUCUUCUUGCUACAGCAUCUGCUCAAGCAGGGGAUGGUCUGUGCAUGUGGCUUGAAGCUGAUAUGAAAGAAACGGAACGAAGAAUGGGAAACCAGCAGUUGUAUCAGCAGGCAGGGAGAGCUUUCGCCCUCUCUGGAAUGAGCUCACAUGCAUCACAAAGGGCCACAACCAGAGGCAAGAUGGUGGCCGGAGCUGCAGCCCCAGUCGAGGGCUUUAGCUUUGGUCCUGCCACCGGUUCCGUGGCACACUCUGCUGCUUUCGGUUCCGUAGCACAGUCUGCUGCUUUCGGUGCCUAUGCAACUCCCAACAUGGCGAAUAUGGUUAACAAGUCUCAGCAACUUAACAAGACAGAAGGCAACUCCCCAAACUAGGAUGAGAAUUUCUUGUUCUGAAUUUGAUGCGGCAUUGUCUUUGUGACAUUAGUCUUUUCUAUAUGUGUUGCUGUUUUUUGUUCGUCAUGAGUAAUUCUUGGGAGCUCCCGGAAUUUCAAACUCCAGAUAAUCACAUUCGUCCGGGUAUUGGAUCUCAUAUGAAUCUGAAUACAUGAAUGUUUGUGAUUUUCUUUGACAAGUUCGUACGUAAGUAGAAUGUUGAGUGGUUUUGCAUAGUUUGAGGCAAUACGGUUUUUUAUGUAAUUGCACUUUCUCAGGUCUAUACCAUUGUAAUAAGAACUUCUGCUGUUUUUUUUUU